CGCGUGCAGAGGCAGUCCCCGCGCACAGCCCGGAGGCGGGCCGGGUGGUGCGGCCUUCUCCGCGCACGGCGCUCGCGCGUGUAGCCCCGUGGCCGGCAAGGCGGCUCCGGCGGCCGCGCGCAAGCCUCGCCGCGGGUCCGGACGGCGGCGUGUGUCCGGCGGCCUGUGGGCGCGGCGCGGAGCGCGUCGGGCCGGGCCCUGCUCCGCCCCGACCCCGACGGCACACGCGUCGGGCCGCGGAGCCCCGCACAGCCGCCUCGGACUCCCGUGACGAGGAUGACUGUUGCCCGCUCCUGUCAGAGCCAGGCUCCCGUGUCGCUAGGGACGGACUGACGCCGGACGCUCCGGGACACGAUCCCGUGAAAGGACUUGCAGUGACUCCUCUCCUUUGUAUGUCGUCUCUUUGGCCAGAAACCUGUAUUUUUGUGCAAAUACAGAAGUCCUGUGAAGUAGGAAAACUAUCCUUUUUCGUCACUCAAGGACUUUCUAGAGGGUUUUAGUGACUACAGAAGACGCUGAGGCCCUUGCAGGGCCCGGCCGCAUGGCGUCUGUCGCGCGGUGUGCAAACACGCGGUGCCCCCGUCGGCCGGAGGCGGACGGUGAGAGCCACGGAAGCCGUGAGGGCACUGACGACCUCACGGGCCGCGGCUGCCGCCUCCUGGAGCCGGCUGGCCACCCCAGGAGCCUGAGCGCCUCCACCUCCAGGAUUCCAUCCAACCGAAUCCCACGUUUCUGAGGCAGAAGGGCCCUCGUGGGCCCCCCGCCCCGCGUCCUCGCAGCCUGUGACGCCCAUUAGUCCUGUCCCCAAGUCCCCACCACAGCCGGUUUCCCCCGGGAUGGCCGAGGCUGCACGGAACCCCCUCGUGAUGACGCCGUGCGGACACAUGUCAUCUUUAUAUUGUCGCAAAGCUGAGCAGUGACGUCCUGUGACUUCCCUGAGGGUCAGGCGGACUUCACGGAAGAGGCUCCUUCUAGAAUUUUCCGUGCCCACCCAGCCCCGGGUCUGGAGGGUGCCCUGGUCCGAGCGGUGCUGCGAGAAGAGCUGGGUCCCCUGUCAAGGCACCUGCGACGGGUCCCCUCCACCGCGUCCGAAGCUGCGGUCUCGCCCGGCUCCGUAUUCACCUGAGCGCCCUAACGUUUGCCGUCGGGGAAAGAAGCGCUCUUCGAGGCAAGGAACGCGUGUCCCGGGCAGGAGGGAAAGGCGCCGGGGAGAUGGGCCCGUCCCCCCACGGUGGUCACAGCCUGACUGCUCUGUCCGGGCCGCGAGCCCCUGUGAGCCCCCCUGGCGUGGGGACCGCGGGAAGUGUGGCCGGCGGGCUUCGGGUGGCGCAGACACGCUCAGCGCCGGCUCCCUCAGGCAGGGGCGAGCACGCGGCCCGAGGCCCGUGCCGCCGGCCGCCCGGCCCCGGGGACCAGGCAGCGGGGGUGGGGCCCCGGCCCCUGUGCGGGGGCCGCCAGGAGCUCCCGAGGCCCGCUCACCCCCGGGCGGGGCCUGGCAUGUUCCCGAGGCAGACGUCACGCAGACAGAGCGCACGGAAAAUGGACAGUCAGCAGUUAAGCCACUUUUACUUCAACGCUCCGGACGACAGCAGGCUUGACCCCGGAGACCCACUGCGCGUCAUCCAGGAAGAAGCGACCCUGUUCUAAAGCACUGCAGCACCCACACUGCCUGAAAGCUGCCCCAUGUCGUCCGCUAGGAGCAUACCGCCUCUUCAGGAGACGGCAGCGGCCUUCGAGCCCAGCACCUGCCCCAUUCUCUUCUCUCUCCCCACACCGAGCACCAGCCCUGCCUUGCACGGACACCAGUAAACGCUGGAUGGAGAGGUGGGGGUGGAUGCAUCAGUGUCAAAAGAAGGAAAGCAUCACUGCCCAACCCCUUCCCUUUAGCACAGAAGGUGAGCUGUGUGGAAAAAUCACCAAAAACUAGUCACCCUUUUGCACGACACGGAGUUGUUGAUGGAGAUGGAGGGGUAGGAUUCUGCGUGGUACUCAGGAGAGGUGGGGGGUGUAUACCCACGUGCUUUUCAUAAUCAGGGAUGAGUGAGUUUUGGUAAAAUA